AAAAGUACACGACUUAAAUAAAAUAAGUUGUACCAACUAUUUUGUUUUUCAUAAUGGAAGAGAAUAAAAAUGAAAAUAUUAAUGGAGUCGAAUUGACAGAAGCAGAAAAUGAACUGUACGACAGACAAAUCCGGCUUUGGGGUUUAGAGUCGCAGAAAAGAUUACGAACCGCAAAAAUAUUGGUUUCGGGAUUGAAUGGAAUUGGCGCAGAAGUCACAAAAAAUAUAAUUCUUUCAGGGGUUAACUCAGUUAAGUUGCAAGACGAAAAAAUUGUUACUGAAGAAGACUUUUGUGCACAAUUCCUGGUGCCGCGCGCCGCGAUUGGACAAAAUCGGGCAGAGGCCUCAAUAGAUAGAGCGCGUGCUCUUAACCCAAUGGUGGAAAUUUCAGCCGACACAGAAUCACUUGCUGGCAAAAAUGCUGACUAUUUUGAAAAAUUCGACGUCGUCGUACUAAUCGGUGCGUCCAACUCAGAAUUAUUGCGGGUGGAUAAUAUAUGUCGUGAAAAAAAUGUAAAGUUUUUUUCGGGAGACGUUUGGGGAAUGUUUGGCUACUGUUUUGCCGACCUACAGGAACACAGUUUUGUCGAAGACGUAGCAAAACACAAAGUUAUUUCAAAACCAAAUGAAAAAGUUAAAACUGAGUUGGUCACUGCAGCCGUGCAGCGUACCCUGAAUUUUCCAUCCUUCAGUCAUGUUGUAGAUUUCGACAUAAAUUCACCAGCAUAUCAAAAGAAACUUAAACGUACGGGACCGGCUUUAAUUUUGCUACGAACUCUGCAAGAAUUUCGAGAAACAUUCAAUCGGGAUCCGUGCUAUAAAACUCGUGAAACGGAUAUCGCUGAAUUGCAACGCAUACGAAAUGAACUUACAAGUCCAAACUCAUUAUCUGAUUCAUAUUUUGAGAACGUAUUUGCACAAAUAUCUCCGGCAGCUGCAGUAGUUGGUGGUGUUUUAGCACAAGAGAUUAUCAAAGUGGUAUCGAAAAAGGAAGCGCCACAUUGUAACGUAUUUCUAUUCGAUCCAGACACAUGCUGUGGAUUUAUAGAAACCAUUGGAUUAAAUUAACAUGUAAUCUAAAUUUAAUAAAAAAAAAAUAAAUAAAAAGUAUUGUAACCAGCUAC